AUGAUCUAUCUGCUCCCAAGGGACUUCCUAAGCCAUAGAGCCCAGUCUAUCAGGCUAUAUACCCUGGCUUUUGAUAACUUCGACUUCAUGCCCUUGGAGUUGUUGGCUCCUUCACAACCCGUUGUCAGCGCGGCAGUCAACCGGAUCUCAGACAGACAGAAUAUUGCCAGCAGCUACUUAGUUACCUACUUAGUAGAAGGUAGCUUGGUAUCAACUGCCGGCGCCGGCGCGCCUGUCCGCCCACUUUUCUUUGACGUUUGCAACCGACUACCUUAUUCACUGGGACUCCCUCGAUUCCGCCCGAUCAGUGGUUGCGUUUCCGUUCCAUACCUACAGCGCCUCUCCCCUAUCAGUCCUACUACUGCUGCUACUAUUACUGCUGCUACUAUUACUGCUGCUACUGCUACCUACCCCAUCCAUCAUCCCGAAACGAGAUUUCUUUACUUUGCCAUUGCACCCGCAACAUUCCUUCCCACGCCGGGCUCUCAUGGCCCCCAAAGAGGACAUGUUGCCGCCUGGCUGGGAGGAUCUAGACAGGACGUUACCUUACUCGCCCUCGUCGGUUUAAUCCUGUCAUCCAUCCCAUCCAUCCACCCUUCUCCCUCUUUAUUCCGCUUCCCUCUCUCAACCUUCAUAACUUUGAAAAAGCACCCCCUCCCCUCAUCAUUGCCUUUCUAUCCAUCGAUCAUGGCUGACGCUGCCGAGGAUGCAACGCGACUGGUCCUGGAACUCCAGACAAUUGCCCGGGAUGCUGGCCAUCCGGUACCACUCCUCAUCGCUCUCGAUCAAGAGAAUGGGGGCGUGAAUAGUCUUUAUGACGAGAUAUACAUCCGACAGUAUCCUAGCGCCAUGGGGAUCGCCGCUACGGGUUCGAAAACUCUGGCCCACGAAGUCGCAACGGCCACUGCACAAGAGCUUAAGGCUGUCGGGGUCAACUGGAUCCUCGGCCCAGUUCUAGACGUACUCACAAACGUACGGUCCCAGCCUCUAGGCGUCCGCACCACCGGUGACGACCCGCAAGAGGUGUCGCAAUACGGUGUGGAAUUCAUGAAGGGCUACCAGAAAGCAGGUUUGGUCACCUGUGGCAAGCAUUUUCCUUCAUAUGGUAACUUGGAAUUUCUCGGGUCUCAGACCGAUGUCCCAAUCAUCACGGAGUCACUGGAACAGCUCAGUCUCACCGCGUUGGUGCCUUUCCGCAACGCUAUUGUCCAGGGAUUGGACUCCAUGAUGGUCGGGGGCGUUUCAAUGUCCUCCGCCGGAGUCAACGUUAUGCAUGCCUGCCUGAGUGAGCAAGUCGUCGAUGAUCUGCUACGGAAGGACCUCAAGUUCGAAGGCGUUGUCGUUUCGGAGUGUCUGGAAAUGGAGGCCCUCACACACAACAUUGGCGUUGGCGGAGGAACAGUGAUGGCCAAAAAUGCGGGAUGUGAUAUUAUACUUCUCUGCAGGUCGUUCCAGGUGCAGCAAGAGGCCAUCAAUGGCCUAAAACUCGGCGUGGAGAACGGUAUUAUCGGGCGGGCCCGCAUAGAGCAAUCUUUACGCAGGGUUCUCAAACUGAAAGCCAAAUGCACCUCCUGGGAGCGGGCCCUCAACCCUCCCGGCAUCCCUUCGCUGACACAGAUGCAACCGUCCCAUACCAGUCUCUCCACCCGGGCAUACAAUAGCUCUAUCUCGGUUGUGCGGGACAAAAAGAACCUCCUUCCCCUAUCCAACAUUCUGGAAUCAAAUGAAGAGCUACUUCUGCUCACGCCGUUAGUGAAGCCGCUGCCUGCUUCAGCCGUAUCCCGCUCUGUAAGUGAGCACUCAAACAUGUCGCUCGAUCCUAUAUCGUGGGACCGGACGGCUUCCGUGUUAAGUGGCGAAAGCGUUUUCAAGGAGCUCGGGCGGUCCCUUUCGCGGCAGAGGAGUGGCCGUGUCUUGCAUACAUCCUACACGGCUAACGGCGUGCGUCCAAUCCAUGAAAAUCUCAUUGACCGGGCCAACGCAGUGAUCGUGGUCACUGCAGAUGCUAACAGGAAUCUAUACCAGCAUGGAUUUACUAAACAUGUUUCCAUGAUCUGUAGAUCACAGUUUACCCCAUCUGGUGAAGCGCGCGAGAAACCUCUUAUUGUUGUCGCUGCCAGUUCUCCAUACGACUUCGCCAUGGAUCCGUCUAUUGGAACCUAUAUUUGCACUUACGAUUUCACCGAAACCGCACUGGAGGCCCUGGUUAAAGUGCUCUAUGGGGAGUUGAACCCCGUUGGCUCAUUACCUGGUUCUAUAAGCCGCAGUCAGAAGCUACACCAAGCAAGACAGCACUGGUUGGUAGAAACUUGGAAUGAGGAAAGGGAUGCUCGCUCUUUAGAUUCUCUCUUGGAUGCGGUUAGAGGAGAUUGUGCCCAGGGACAACGUUCCGAAUUGUUGGGAGUAACGUCGAGCAGCUUCCUGCUUCGGCGGGAAGAGAUUGACGAAGCGCAUUUCGUCGUUCGAAACAGCAGCACUCAAGCUUUGUACGGUUUUUGUUCCACGUACUUCUUUCGCUCUACGGGGACUGGCGUUAUUGGUUCCUUAAUCGUCCAUCCUGCACGACGAAAGUUGUCGAUUGGAAAUUCACUCCACAGCCGCGCCAUCCGAACCCUUCUUCAGCGAAAAGGAGUGAAAAGAUUCCAGCUCGGCUCACGACUUCCGGGGAUUUAUCUUGGCAUCCCAUCGGCGAACCCAGUAGAGCGUAAAAGGCUGCGGCAAUGGUUUGCGAACCUGGGCUGGAAUACGGCACUUUCGCGGCCCGUUUGCAGUGUGGUGCUCCGCAACCUAACCACUUGGACGCCACCCGACGGGCUGAUCUUUGGCCUUCAAAAUGCAGACGUGACCUAUGACCUCGUCCAUGGCUGGGAUCACGCGGAUUCAAUCCUUGAUCAUAUCAAGACGAACUCCAGGCAAGGUGUGAUAGACAUCUACCGGGUAGCUCUAGGAGGGGCUCCACAUUGUGGCAUCAUUCGGGCCACACGGCCUGGCGAUGGGGCUAUUCUGGGAAGCGUAGUCAUAUACAACGGACGGGCGACCUUGGCAGAACACAUGCCCGCGCUGAAGUCUACCCAAGUCCCGGCGGGGGGCAUCUCAUCCCCCGUCAUUUCGCCUUCGGUGGGCGAGUACGCCACAGUCAUGCAGGGGUUGGUCUUGCUGGGCAUCAAACAGAUUCGCAAACAAGGCGCCGAGGCUGUGAUCAUGGACAGUGUUGAUGUUGAUGGUAAUUUCGAGUGCUUGUCAGGACUGGGCUUUAGCACUCUGCACAGCUUCGAAGAGGUCAAUUGCGAUGCAGCAACAUGGACUAUGGUGCCUGGACCUUGA